AUGUCUCUGCUGCCCCCCGACCCGGCAGCCGCUCAUCCAUCGCGGGUCAACGACGACGACGAGGCAUGCACCCCAGAGCACUGCUUCUACGCCUUCGACACACUGUACUGUAGUCUGACAAAGUCCAAACCAAUACCCCCUACGUUCCCUGAUGAGAAAUACCCCCUAUUCGUGACUUGGAAUAUCGAAAACGGCGACGACUGGCGCCUGCGAGGUUGCAUAGGCAAUUUCGAGCCAAUGCCCUUACAUGAGGGGCUGGCGGACUACGCCCUUAUCAGCGCACUGCGCGACCAUCGCUUCAGAAAGAUAGAGAGGAACGAGCUAGACCGCCUGCAGUGCAGCGUAUCGCUCCUCACCGAAUUUGAGCAGGCCGACUCGUAUCUCGACUGGACCAUCGGUGUGCACGGCAUCUACAUCACCUUCCCACAUCCCUCCCUCAUUCAGUCUUCGUCCGACACACCCUCGCCGCUUCCUUCGCCCUCUCCUCGAAGCACUCCACGGUUGACCUCGAAACAAUCGUUCUCCGCCACGUAUCUCCCUGACGUUAUCCCGGAGCAAGGGUGGGACAAGGUUGAAGCCGUCGACAGCGCCAUCCACAAGGCCGGUUGGAAAGGCCGCAUCACGGAAGACUUGCGCAGGAGUGUCAAACUGCAGCGGUACCAGAGCAAGGUCUGCUCCGUGACCUGGGACGAGUACUUCCAGUGGAGAAAGAAGCACGAAGGAAAGCGUUGA